UAGCGUGAAUCACACAACUAUAACUUUGUUGGAGCAUAGCGUUUACAAUUUAAAGAUAAUUACGGUAUAUUAUUGUUCAUCGAUUCGCCACUAGCGUGUUACCGUAUACAGUGCAAGCAUUAUUACUGGAUUGGAGGUUAUCGGUAUCACAAGUCUUUACCGUUACGUUUGAAAAGGCGGCAACCCUGCUUCAACUACGAUACCAAGGCGAAGGGGAAUAAAUUCGACGCAAAAGAAAUUAUGGAUCCAGCCACUCUAGCAUGGCAUCGUCCCCAAUCUGCGUCGUCCAGACAGGAAGAGGAACUCAUCCAGAAGAGUACCCGGGCGGCUUCACAGGCAACAGACCCCUUGGAAAAGCUGCGGCUGUUGUGCUUGUCUCGUGGAGCUACUGGGAUAUUGGGCCUGGGAAGAGUCUUCAGAAGAAUGGAUGAUGAUGGAAGCAAACAACUUAACAAAGAGGAAUUCAUCAAUGGCUUGAAGGAAACAGGAUUAGAGAUUACCAAAGAGGAAUCGGAGGAGUUAUUCAAUAAAUUUGACACGGACAAAAGUGGAUCUGUCAGUCUUGAUGAAUUUAUCAAACAACUACGACCGCCUAUGUCUGACUCAAGGCGUGCCAUAGUAGAGCAAGCAUUUAAGAAGUUAGACAAAACUGGAGACGGUGUGUUGUCUGUGAAUGAUAUAAGAGGUGUUUAUUCUGUGGAAGCUCAUCCAAGAUACAUGAGCGGCGAAGAGACAGCCGAUGUGGUGAUGACCAGGUUUCUGGCCAACUUUGAGCCAGAUGGCGGCAGUGACGGAACGGUAACAUUGGAAGAGUUUAUGAACUACUACAGCGGCAUCAGUGUGUCAAUUGACAAUGAUUGUUACUUCGACUUGAUGAUGCGUCAAGCUUAUAAGUUGUAACUUCAAUAUGCACAGAAACGCAUGCAUUUACUAAUAACGUUUACUACGCACGCCGCAACAUUCGACAAUCGCUUAAUGCUUAAUGUUAUGCAUAAAAUUAUUUUGGUGUUCCAUUGUUCAUGAUAAAGUAUGACGAGUGUAUUUACAAUAAAGUAUUAACAAAAAA